CAAAUCGUCAUAGAAUUUUUAUAUGACAGGUAGGGAUGAGCGUCAAAUUGUAGGGUUAAUUGUAACCCUAACCCCACAUGAGGAUGAAGAUGGAAGGCUGAGAUAACUAACUCGUCCUGGCGCCCUCCAUUGUGGGAGACCGCACACUGGCCAGGCUGUCCGCCACUGGCGAUCCUGCUAAAUUGGGGACGCCGAGGCUCCGUUAAAUUUAGCGCACCUAGGAUAAAAAGCUUAGGCGCUGAUUUUAGGCCAAUAGAGAGCGAGCAUCACACGUUAAUUCAAUCUAGAGAUUAGAAGGCUCUUGGAUUUGGGCAUGGAUUACGAAUUUAGGAGCACGCAAUUGGUCGCAUCGGCCUGAGAAUCCCCGCCGGCGCACGCCCGGGAUUUGACAAAUAUUCGGAAAAAGGAAAGGUGAAAAGCACACAGGGGGGUGUGGAUUUUGCGGCCAUGUGUUGGCUCGUUGGUUGUUUCCAUCAUCAGAUGUACAAUGGAGGGGACUAGGAAAGGAGGGAGUUUGGUUGGUUUGAGAUAGAAUUCAGGUGGAUUGGAAUCCCAAAAGUUUAUGGUACAAUAAAUAAAUAGUAGGUUUUAUGAUGUAUCAGGGCCCAGUGGGUAUUGCGAGUUCAGUCAGAAAUGUGGUCGGGGGGAGAGAUGGAGCCGGAAUUUUUCUGGGCUGGGUGAGGACUUUUCGCAAACAGUUAGCGUGCGUCCUGUUUUGAGCUUGUGCAACCAUUUUAGCAGACAUCUGGCGUGCAUCUAGUUUUGUGGGGUGUUAUUUUAUUGUAUUGUGCGCUUCGAUCAAUGGGUGUGUUGUCCUUCCCUUGCGGUUGCGAUCAAUGACUGGGUGAGGGUACGAAUCCUGUCUGGCUAAUGGCUCAGAGCUCUUGUUCCUGAAUCUGAUCCUUUAAUCCAGGCCUCCACCACUAAGGUACUUGCUGUGCCUAUUGCUCAUUGCAGGCUUGCAGAUAUUUAUAUAAAUUCAUUCUGCUCAGCGAAUCGUCUGACAUCACACUCUGCUCCUGCUUCAUCAUCUUCUGGCAAAAAAUUCUCGCUUUGCAGGUCCUUUUCAAUUUCCAGUACUUGCUGCUUUGCCGCGCCGAGUAUUUCUCUCCAGUACCCACUUCUCUAAUUUGGCUUGUUCCCCUUGCGGCCUUUGUGGUACUGGGAUAUUCCAAGUUGAAAUUGUUUGAGUACAUUGAGUGGCCCUCCGAUGGUGGAGAAAUCUGGCAGAUUGUUCUCAGCCAUGGACUGCCAAGAUCACGAUGUGGAACAAGAUCUAGCAAAGGAAACUUCCAAAUCCUCCUCCGUCCAAGUUAAUGGAAGAAGAUAUGAUCUGAGGCACAGGAACGGAUUCAAAUCACAUGGUCAACCCAACGGUAAAUUAAGGUGCACCCCUAAUGGGAAGGCCAGCGGUACUGUAUCCAUCGAUUCUGUUCAAGAAUGCAAACCCCUUGAUUCAACAUCUUUUGGAUCUUCAAGGAAAAAGCAUAGGAAUAGAGUGAAUGUUACUUGCGAGAACGGAGGUCAUACCAGGAAGUUGGAGAUCGGUGGUGAUUGCACAACACCCAGUUGCAAAGUAAAUGGUGAGGCAAAGGUGGUGGCUGCUACAAGCUUGAUCGAAGAGGCUGAUCAUACAAGUCCAAUCAAAGAGCUCGCAGCAGAUUCUAAAGAAGAUGCUGAAUCUGGUAGUUUUAAUGAUCAAUCUCAGGAUGCAGAUUAUUCAUACAUGCCCGGGCUUAAUGAUGAACUUGCACUUCUUUGUCUUGCGCACACAUCUAGAGCAGAGUAUGGUAAGCUAUUCCUUAUCAAUAAAAAAUAUUCCGCUUUAGCUAGCAGUGGGGAACUAUACAAGAUUAGGAGAAAAGAGAAGAUAGCUGAGCAGUGGGUUUACAUGCUUGCUAGUGGCCAAUUUGAAUGGCGCGCAUUCGAUCCAUUCUCAAGGAGAUGGAGUAGAUUGCCUGAUCUGCCCUCUGAUUCCUGUUUCGCUUCAAGUGACAAGGAAUCUCUUUGUGCAGGCACUCAGCUACUUGUCCUGGGCCGAGAGAUUGAAGGGCUUGUGAUCUGGAGGUAUGAUCUUGUAACCAACAAGUGGUACAAGGGACCGGCAAUGCUUACUCCUAGGUGUCUAUAUGCAUCUGCAAGCUGUGGCAAUUUUGCUUUUGUUGCUGGGGGAAUCAGUGCAACAGGAGAACUUUUGAAUUGUGCAGAGAGGUAUGAUCCUGACAAUCAGAGAUGGGAGCCUCUGCCAAACAUGAAUAAAAAGAGGAAGCUCUGCUCUGGAUGCUACAUGGAUGGCAAAUUUUAUGUUAUUGGAGGGACAGGAGAGCAUGGUGAUCUUGCCUGUGGUGAAGUGUAUGAUUCUGAGAAGAAAUCCUGGGAGCUGAUUGAAAACAUGAAACCCUCAGGAUCUAGGAAUCCCAUUUCUCAGGCACCGCCUCUUGUAGCUGUUGCCAACAAUGAGCUGUAUGCCUUGGAGGCUUCAAUGAACCAACUAAAAGUUUAUAUUAAGAAAGCAAAUAAAUGGAGAGUGCUCGGAGAAGUCCCUGUCAGAGCUGAUUUUAACAGUGGAUGGGGUGUGGCAUUCAAGUCCUUAGGCAACGAGCUGCUUCUGAUUGGAGGAGACAGAGAUGCAUCUCAAAGUAUGUAUGCCUAUGGCAUAUCCAUCUACACUUCCAGACCCGAUCCAAGUGCAUCAGAAGCGGAUUGGCGAUUUCUGACUAGGGUUGGAGGAUCUAUUGGUCCCUUUGUAUUUAAUUGUGCUAUUAUGGCUACAUGAACUUUUUCUUAUUUGGAUGCCAUAAGAUCAACAGGCGGAAGCAAAAAAAGGGAACUCAUAGGAGCUCUUUUAGGCUAAUUGCCUACACAAUAAUGUCUCCAAACCAAUGAUUGUAAACAUGGAUAAAGCUGUAGGUGUAAAUGUAUGUUUUGACAGAUGCAGACUAUACAUGAUCUCAACUAGGGAUUCCGAAGAAUGUACAAGGUCAUCUAUGUUUUUCGUGAAUUACGCUUCUCAAAUUCCAUGGUUGGAACAUUUGCACCUUCAUUUCUUCAACAUCAAUGAUCUGGUUAACCUUUUGAGUAUUUCUCAGCAGCAGUAGACUGCCAACUUCUUUGGUGCUUGACAGUAGAAAAGUUUGUAGCUUACGGAGCAAGGGUAAGGGAGUUUCUCUGAGUUUGAGGUUUUGAAUUUUCUUAUGAUGACAUUUUUUUUGACAGGUAGUCAUCAAGACUUCUGACCAAAGAAUGAUAGAAAAUAGAGGAUAAGCCAAGACGUGGUAAGAUGCUAUUUAAAAUUUGUUGAAUAAUACUUAAAUCCAGUGACUAGGAGUUUUGAAAUUUCUUUUAUUCACAUUAUACCUGUUCAUUGAAUGAUGAAUUGGCUUUCUGUUGGCUUUUCCCCGAA